CCAUGAAUCACACCUUGAAGUUUUUGAUCAGAUUGGCACGUGUGUGUAUCGACUUCUUGUCAUUUUUUUGAUCUCUCGAGAAAAAGUUUUCUCUGCCCUAGUUCUUAUGGUCUGAUCAACUAAUUACCUAGGUACUACAAUUGCGCACCGUCUGCAACCGGUUCUUUGUUGGUCACAAGCCCACACCCAACCGGCAUCCUCCCCGCACUCCACAUAUGGUACUACCAACCCCCAUACAUACCUACAAUCCAACAUCCAUCCACCUGACAGCCAACCCGGCGCCUCGAGUUCGUGAUCGCGCUUGGGCAGAUAGGUAGUCGUAGUCAUCCUCAUUCUCACAUAGCCACCAAAGGAUUGACGUUGCGUACUUUACUUGGAUCGUUGAACAACAGAAAGGCGCGCUUUGAGGCCGCACGGUCGGCUUGACGCUUUCUUUUGCCUGACAAACAAACGGCGAUCGGACAGCCCCGGCCAGCCACACCGUAUCUGACGUGCCUUUGUCCGUCGUCAUUCUUAGUCACUCAUCGUCAAUCGGAGUCGAUCUGAUAGUCAACAUCGUUUCCGGUCUGCGGGAGAGAUUGCCUCUCCAAACGCGGCUGCCAGUACGCAAAACAUGUUCUCCGAAUAUGCAUCGAGGUUUCUCGCCCAGUCACAAUCCCGAAUAUCGAGCUUAGGUCAAGACGACAACGAUCAACAACAUCUCGGCAGCCGUGGUCGGCAACCAGAAUGGCCAGCACGCGGGUCGCGAUACGGACGAGCGUUUCUAGGACGGGGGCCCGGGAACCCAUAUCAGUCGCAACAUGGAGGAGGGUCACGCUUUGGCGGGCUAAACUUUGCCUCCCGUUAUUCCGCCGCCGGAGUGCAAGAGGCACCUCUGUUCCACAGCGCUCGGGUGGACCUGGACGACGAUGAGGAGCGGGAUCGCGAACAUGCCGAUUUCUCCGCGCUGCAGAGGUCACGGAGGGUUUUUGCUGCGAGUCGGUUAGAUGAGAGCUCCGAAGUUGAAAACGACGAGAGCCGUGCAUCGUUGGAACAGAGCAGAGAGGACGCGGAACCUACGGAUGACAGUAGGGUCUAUGCACAAAGAAGCCGCGCCAUGGGAAUCCGAAGCAGUUGGAACGGCACUAGGAGUGUCCAUAGACGGGCCAAGGACCAAGAACCCACGACAGAAGAGGUGGCGGACGCAGAUGGGGGAUAUCGGGAUCGGCGGGCGUCCGACGACACAUCAUCCGAUGGCAAGGGUAGCAGCAAGGGCAAGAUGGUCGAUAUCGGGCUCGAAUCUACGACUCUUGAUGACAGCGAACCACCAGCAGAUCUGACAGUUGAGGGAUAUGUGGACCAAAGUCCACCUGCAUUUCAGCAAUUCAAAUCCGGACGUCGAUUUGACCUGCGCAGGGGUUCCGCAGGCGCAGAUUCCGAGGUUGGGCUUUUGCGACAGAGCGUGGCGACGACAACAGCGGUCGAGGAGCCCAUGGCACCACCAACAGAUGGAGAAAUCUUUAAGCACGACACUUUCUUUGCUUGGCUCUACGUCAUCGCAUUUGCUUCCCUCUUCGCGACAUUCAUGCUCGUAUAUCUACAUACGUCCACGCCUAGUCGUAAGAAACCUCUGGGGGACACGAUAUACACAACUCUCGUUGCGUCCUUUCACCUCUUGGCCGUCGACACGCUUGUUGCCGUCAUCGUGUCUUUGGUCUGGUUGGCGGCUCUUCGGUCAUUCGUCAGGCCACUAGUAUGGCUCAUCGUCAUUGCCGUUCCCAUCAUCAUGUUUUCGUUCACGCUCUAUCCAGUCAUCUCGAGCUAUCAGGGUCGCGAUCAUGGUACGGGCUUUCAAGAUGUAGUCAUGAGAUGGGCAUCCUUCGUGCCAGGAAUCUCGGCUAUUGUCUGGUGCUAUAUGGUCUGGAAAGGGCGAGGGGCGUUGAUGUCGUCCAUGGAGAUCCUUGAGUUCUCGAGUCGCAUUCUGGCAGCCAAUCAUGGCUUGGUGUUGGUCGGCAUGGCGUGCUUGGCACUGAUCGUACUGUGGACCUGGAUGUGGCUCGGCAUGUUCACCAGAGUAUUCCUCGGCGGCUAUUUCUCAGGAGCUUCAUUCGUCCUACAGGCGUCAACCUGGUGGCUUGCGGCCUACUUUGUCCUGAUGUACGUUUGGACUCUGUCGGUUAUCUCAGGUGUGCAGAGAGGUACCGCAGCAGCGACAGUAUCUCAGUGGUACUUUCAUCGGAAUGCGGUCCCCAGGACCUCGUCAACGGAAGUAGUCUCUGCAGCAAUGACCCACGCCAGCACGACCAUCUUUGGCACUAUCUGCCUUUCGACGCUACUGGCGGUAAUAAUUCGUCUGCCACUUCUUGUUCUCCCACGUCGGCUUGCGGGGCUACUUACGCUGUUCUUCCACUCUUUCAUCCCGAUGUCCAUAGCGGCUCUGACCAACCCACUCACCCUCACCUACGCUGCGAUUCACUCGCAAAACCUAGCCACAUCAGCCAGGGGCCUAAGCCAACUUACCUUCCUAACGCCGAAUGCACCCACGACAACGCUGACGCCCCAAGGAUUCAAGGGCAAUCACCGAGGUUCUACAGCACCCCUACUCCCUUACAGGCUGGCGAAGCUGCUUCUGCAUGCCACUCGAUUCAUCAUGGCGACUACUCUUGGAUUUGCUGGCUGGGUCAUGACGGCGCGGCAGCUCUCGAUCGAGUCUGGUGGCAAAACCGGGUACAGAGGCAGCGCAUACGCCUAUGUCGUCGGCCUGGUCGCAUCCUUCAUCGGCUGGGGAGUCCUUGGUGCUAUGGAAGGUAUACUCAGCGGCAUUGUCGACGGAGUCGUCAUUUGCUACGGCAGCGAGACCAAAAUGUCAGCUGGUGGCGGAAGGUACUGUAUGGAGGCGGCGUAUCUCUUUGGGGAUCGGACGCGAGGGAGGAACGAAGAGGUAUAUUAGCCUAUAUUUACAGGGGAUGUCCUCUUUCUACCGCGUUGUUUCGUUUUCUUUGCAUUGAUAUUUCGGCUUGGGCUCUGUUCAAAGUUUAGAUAGUAUACAUUUUGUCUAUCCACUUCCGGCGUACGUCCGGUGAGGGACUGUUGUUUAGUUUUUUUUUUUUGUUCAGCCUAGGCGCUUCUUGGAAUACUUGGUUUCAUAUCAUUCAGGGCCUGCAUUGGUCGUUUCCUUGGCCGGAUCGUCAUGGUUCGAAUCGGUUGGUUUCUAGUUAGACCUGGGGCGCUCUGAGUUUGGUGUUGGUGAUGCUCUAUUUAUCUUUCUAUAGUUCAGAUAGGAUCUGAUGGAUGUAAUCAGUCUCCCUG